AUGAAUCGGAAUACUCGAGAGUUUUCCCAUUCAGACUACACCGUUGGGUGGAUAUGCGCGUUGCCGCAGACCGAGUUGGUAGCCGCUGGUGCCAUGUUGGAUGAUGAACACCCCGUUCUUCAUGCAGCUGAUCCAAAUGAUAUCAAUUCUUAUCUCCUGGGUAGGAUCGGGGAUCAUAACGUGGUGAUUGCUUGUUUACCUGCAGAGCAAACAGGAAAGGUUCCCGCUGCCACUGUAGCAAAAGACAUGGUGCGCAGCUUCCCAGCCAUCAGAUUCGGAUUGAUGGUUGGAAUUGGAGGCGGCGCGCCGUACUAUAGAUGGCAGAACGAAGGGAAUAUCGAUGUCGAUAAAUCCGAUGACUCUGAAGAUGAGGACCCGGACGAAAUCCAAGACAUCAGAUUGGGAGAUGUGGUGAUCAGCCAACAUUCAAAGUCUUCGGAAGCCGUCAUUCAAUAUGAUUUUGGAAAGUCUAUACAGAACCAGGAGUUUACCCGUGCUGGAGGUCAGCUGAACAAGCCCCCGGGAAUUGUCUUGAAUGCAGUCUCUAUGCUGCAAGGUCAGCAUGCACGGAAAGGCCACAAGAUUUGCGAGCUACUUUCCAAUAUGCUUGCAAACAAUCCACGGAUGGAAAAGAGAUUUAAGCACCCGGGAUCAGCCAAAGAUCAAUUAUUCAAGUCUGAAACUUGUCAUGUCGCGGGAAAGAAGUGCGAGUCAUGCCGCGGCCCUGAUGAUACGAAUCUCGUGAAAAGAAAGCGGCGGUCGAGUGAUGAGCCUCAAAUACAUUACGGAACAAUUGGAUCUGCAGAUCAAGUGAUGAAGGAUGCCCUAUUGAGGGACAAAUGGUCACAAAGGGAGAAGAUCAAAUGCUUCGAAAUGGAAGCUGCAGGACUCAUGGACACACUUCCAUGUCUUGUAAUCAGGGGCAUUUGUGACUAUGCCGAUUCGCACAAAAACAAGAUUUGGCAGCCCUAUGCCGCUGCUGUUGCCGCUGCCUACGCAAAGGAGCUUUUGCUCGGAAUUCCAGGACAGGGUGUCCUCCUCUUGCCUCCGGUUGAAAAAUUGAUGACAGAGGUUCUACGACAACUUGAACAACUUGAGUUAUGGCAAAAAUCGGACAAAGAAACGGAAUGUCUUCAAGCUUUUCGCACUACGAACUAUGAGUACCAGAAGGAUUUCAACCCAGACAAGGAAGAGGGAACAUGCAACUGGUGCCUUCAAAGUCCAAUAUUCCGGAACUGGCAAGAAAAUGACUCAUCUUGUCUAUUAUGGAUCACAGCAGAUCCAGGCUGUGGCAAAUCUGUUCUUUCCAAGGAUCUUGUUGACAACCGUCUGUUUGGCCUCGAGUCUAGCGACACGACUAUCUGCUAUUUCUUUUUCAAGGACACAUCACCCGAGACUCGGAGUCCUGCCAGUGCAGUGGCUGCCUUGUUACAUCAGCUCCUGAAAUCUAAAUGUGGCCGGAAAGCCAUGAGGCAUGCGCUCCCAGCGUACCUUGAAAAUGCAGAUAAAGCAUGCCAGAGUCUUCAUACCAUGUGGAAAAUUUUGAGAGAUAUAUCCCAAGAUCCAGAAUGUGGACGAACCAUCUUUGUCUUGGACGCAUUAGACGAGUGCGAAGUGACAGACCAGAAGGAUCUCAUCAGGCGGCUUAAAGGUCUUGAACGCAAUGAGGAAUCGCAGGGUUUGACGCACCGCCUUAAAAUCCUUGUGACUAGCCGUCCAUAUUUCAACAUCGAAAAUGAGUUCAGAGAACUGAUAGAGAAUAUUCCUGGGAUUCGAUUGCCAACCGAAAAGCUUUCCACGCAACUUCAAUCCGAAAUGAACCACGUUGUGCAUGCUCGAAUGUCCAAAUUAGGCCCCCGGAUUGUGAGGGAGACCACAAGAGAUGAACUUCUUAGUGGGAUACUGGCGACUGAGAAUCGGACAUACCUCUGGCUGGAUCUGAUAUUCAAAAUCAUUGAAGAAAUGCCACGAAUAGACAGACAAGCAGUCAAGAGCCUGUUAAGAAAUCUACCAACGACUGUGGAUGACGUCUAUAAUUCCAUUCUUCGCAAAGCCACAGACCAAGCUCAGGCCAAGAAACUGCUUCAAAUCAUCGUGGCGGCGACCAGACCACUUAGCCUUGAUGAAGUCGGUGUUGCAUUGACUAUCACAGAGGAAACCCAGUGCUACGAAGAUCUAGAGCUCCAAAGGGGUGAGCAGCUUGCGAUAGCCGUCCGGAAUACUUGUGGACUUUUUGUCCAUAUAGUAGAUGAGACGGUCUUUCUGAUCCACCAAUCUGCCAAAGACUUCUUGGUAUCCCUAUCCGAUGAAGUGUCGCCAAUUGAGUCCAGCUGGAAGUACUCUAUUUCGGUUUCCGAAUCGGCGUUCCUACACACUUCGAUCUGUAUCCGCUUUUUAUAUCUUAAAGAGCUUGGAAAAAAGAAAGCGCCCCCGAUUAGAGAUGCUGAGGAUUUGUGUUCCAGUUAUGAUUUUCUUGAGUACUCAGCAAAUAAUUGGGCAGUUCAUUUUGGUCAUAUGACGAUUGAAUAUCGCCAUGAGUUUUUCCCUGCAGCUAUCGAACUCUGUUCUGUCGAAAAGGAUCGAUAUAUGGACUGGGAAAUUGCUGUUAGCGAGAUUGGACGCUCUGUGGACCCUUCUCCUCUUCAUAUCGCAUCAUGCCUAGGGCUUGACAUGAUUGUUCAAACAUUACUUGCUCGCCCUGAUGUUGAUGUCAACUGUAUCACUAGUGAUACUCGAACACCUCUAUCUCUCGCUAUACUUGGAGGCUAUGAGGGCAUUGUGAAGCUCCUUCUUGCUACUCCUAGUAUUGAUCUCAAUCUCACUGAUAGCUCUGGCUAUCCACCUCUAUCUCUCGCUAUACUGCACGAUCACCAGGGCAUUGUGAAGCUCCUUCUUGCUACUCCUAGUAUUGAUCUCAAUCUCACUGAUAGCUCUGGCUAUCCACCUCUAUCUCUCGCUAUACUGCACGAUCACCAGGGCAUUGUGAAGCUCCUUCUUGCUACUCCUAGUAUUGAUCUCAAUCUCACUGAUAGCUCUGGCUAUCCACCUCUAUCUCUCGCUAUACUGCACGAUCACCAGGGCAUUGUGAAGCUCCUUCUUGCUACUCCUAGUAUUGAUCUCAAUCUCACUGAUAGCUCUGGCUAUCCACCUCUAUCUCUCGCUAUACUGCACGAUCACCAGGGCAUUGUGAAGCUCCUUCUUGCUGCUCCUGAUAUUGAUCUCAGUCUCGCGAAUAGCUUUGGCUAUCCACCUCUAUCUCUCGCUAUACUCCAAGGCUACGAGGGUAUUGUGAAGCUCCUUCUUGCUACUCCUAGUAUUGAUCUCAAUCUCACUGAUAGCUCUGGCUAUCCACCUCUAUCUCUCGCUAUACUGCACGAUCACCAGGGCAUUGUGAAGCUCCUUCUUGCUACUCCUAGUAUUGAUCUCAAUCUCACUGAUAGCUCUGGCUAUCCACCUCUAUCUCUCGCUAUACUGCACGAUCACCAGGGCAUUGUGAAGCUCCUUCUUGCUGCUCCUGGUAUUGAUCUUAGCUUGGUCGAGGGGUUGGAUUGA